AACAGGACAGCAGAGACCAACUCAGAGGUGGACAAGUCAGCAUCACCCUCAGUGGCUCAGCUAGCAGGGAAAUUCAAAGAGCAAGCAGCCAAUACCACUGGAAAAGAGGUACCACCACAUAAGCCAGCUCGGAGGAAACCACCAUGCUCCCUUCCGUUGUAUUCCCACAAACCUGAGACAAGUGACAAUGAUGAGCAAAAGCGGUCUCCAAAUGCUUGCCCCAUUCCCAAGGUCAAGGUGAAAAGCUCCCCCAUGAUUGAAAAGCUGCAGGCCAAUCUAGCUUUUGCUCCAGCUGCUUUGCUGCCGGGAGCAUCUCCCAAGAGCCCUGGUCUGAAAGCCCUGGUUUCUCCGUUCAGCACCCCUCCCUCAACGCCCAGCAGCCCAGGGAUUCAGUCCCAGCCCAGUGAAGUGAGUGAGACGCCGGUCAGCUUUGAUCAACCCCCAGAAGGCACUCAGCUGCAAUUCUAUAACAAGGUGCGGACGCGAGGAUCGAUAAAGCGCAGGCCUCCCUCCAGGAGGUUCCGAAGAUCUCUAUCUGAGUAUGGAGAUGGGGAGGAUUUAGGGGUCAACAUCUCCUCUCCAGAAAAUGGUGCCAAGGAAGAUGGGGAUGAGGUGUUUGGGCCCAAGGGCAAGACAGAGGAGGCAGAAACAGGAAGCAAAGAGCAAAAGAAACAGACAGGGUCUGACGAGAAGCCCCCAUCAAGGAGAGGAUCCAGCAGAUCAGAAGAUGAAGAAAAAGGGGAAAAACAGGCAGAGGAAAUGACUCCUUGCAAAAGUAAGGCAGGGGACACAAAGGAAGAGGAAGUGUGUCAUGGUGCCCCAGGGGAGGAGAACUUUCCCCAGCUUCCCUCUGGAAAUAAGGAGAAGGUGUUCGAGGGUCCCCAGGGAGAAGAGCAGCAAAGCAGUGCCUGUAAACAGGAAAAGGGGGACAAGGAGAAGGAAGAAGCUGAAGCUGAAGCAAAGGAGACCAGUGAGAGCACAGACGGACGGAGAACAUCAGACGCGGAAGAAAUUUAACCGCUGCAGGACACAGUGGGCUUAAAGACUGCCAGUGAGUCUUCAACAUCAGCCACGCAGGACCAGGGCACAGCGUAA